ACGUAACAGUCUUAUAAACGCGUCGCGCUAAGACACUUCACCGAAAACUUGUAAAAUACAGAUUCAAAAUAAUCAAUUUUCGCGCGCUUUUUUUAUUGACCGACAGUGACAUUUCGUUAAAAAAGUUUGUACGUUAUACACAAAUACAGUUAUAUAUUUUUAAAUAACUUUUUUUGGAAAUGGAACAAACCGAUAUUGAUAACAGUGUAAUUGUUAAAGAAGUUACCGACAGUAUCAAUAGUACAGAAAAAAGUAACUCGACUGAAAUGGAUACAGGACGUGUCUUAGGACUUUUACCAAUAUUUAUAUUGAUAUUAAUAAUGUUUAUAAGAAUAAUAUUUGUGAUAUACAAAAGCAAUGGGCAAAAGACGCGCAACUCGCAACAGAGACGAACAUACAUGGGCUCUCGACAGCGACCGUCAGAUUCACAGUCGGAACCAACUGUUUACGUCAGCCCGGCCAAUUUACCCCCACCGCCCAAAUAUGAGGCAAUGGCACCACCUAGCUAUGAUGAAGUAGUCGGAACUCACUAUCCGAGCUUUCAACCACCAGUUCAACCGAUAACUCAACCAAUCACAGCAGCGCUUGCACAGAGCUCAAAUUCAACGAACAAUGAACAUGAAAACAGUGCCAAUAGUAACGUAAAUGCAGUGCCAAAUAACGUAAAUGGAGUGCCAAAUAACGUAAAUGGAGUGCCAAGUAACGUAAAUACAGUGCCAAAUAACGGUAAUGUACGUAACGUUGUUCCCUCAACGGUUAUAACUGUUAACCCAGAUGAACGAACAACCGUAACGGUUGCCGCUUCAUGAUUAUAGAAAACAAUAUUAAAUAUUUAUUAACCAGGUCGACUGGUGUGGAAAUGCAUUUAUGGGGUUAAGUACAUAGGAUUAUGUACAUGUAUGAGAGGUUUAUAAACUAUUAUGUAAUUAUGAUUUUAUAAAAAAAGCCUAAUAUUUGACAUUUUCAAGGCUAUUUUGAUUUCAUAAUAGUCUCUUAAUGGAAUUAUUAGCAAUUAAAACUUUUUUUAUGAAGAAAGAAUUAACGUCACACGUUGCUCAUUUCUUUGCACAUAUAUUUUAAUUUUAAGAAAUUAUGCAACGCUGACAUCCAACUAUUUCACACUAUGUAAAUACAGAUUAAUAUAUAACCCAUAAGUAACGUUAUUAACGAGUAAUGUCAAGUAAACGUAAAAAAGUAAGUCAUGAACAAAUUAAUGUUAAAUACGAGAUUUUUGUAAGAAUUUUCAGUCUUUCACGAGGACGUAAGGCUGACUGUUGUUACAAAUAAUAAUGUUAUUAAAAUACAAGUUAUUUACAAAUUAAUUGUUAAAAUAACGUCUGUUAUGUUUACGUACCUGUAUUUUGUAAUGUUAUAUUUAAAACGAUAUAUUUUAUUGAAAAUAUUUAUAAUAAAUAAUUAGUUAUA